CACCUAUGUACACGUUUCUCUAUCGCGCACAUGUACACGUACAGUAGGUCUAUUUGUAACCGGCUUUUCCCGAAAACAGAACCAAGAUUUUCUGCAUUUGUUCGAACUUCUUUUCCCAACUACUGGUCAGAUUGUCGUCAUACUAACUGUUGUUUCCCUGGAGGAGAACACCCUUUGAGAAGCCACAAGCUUCCAUAAUGAAUGCUAGAGCAAGUCUUCUGUCAUUGGCUGUUGCCAUCUUGGUGACAGCCAAUCACAUUCCAGGCUCCGCCUCUUUAGCUGUGAUGUCAGUAGAUCUGAGCUCUGAGUGGCUGAAAAUUGCCUUAGUCAAGCCUGGUGUUCCUAUGGAGAUUAUUCUAAACAAAGAGUCACGUCGGAAAACUCCUGUAAUGGUAUCCAUCCGAAAUGGAGAGGUCCAAUUUGGAGACGACGCGCUCGCAGUGGGCACCAAAUAUCCACAGAAUGCCUAUUUCUACAUGCAACACAUCUUAGCUAAGAGACUAGAUAGCCCAGCUGUCAGGAAUUACAUCCACAGAUUUCCUUAUGUUGAGCUGGGCGAAGACGAAGAACGGGGAACUGUUUACUUUAAGAGUGGUGAGGACAGAUACUAUCCCGAAGAAUUACUGUCCAUCGUCCUGAACAAGUCCAGGGCUUUAGCAGAGGAGUUUGCAGAGCAAAAAGUCAAGGAUGUUGUCAUCACGGUCCCUCCAUUCUUCAACCAAGUGGAGAGACAAACGGUCAUGUAUGCCGCAGAAUUAGCUGAUCUUAAAGUGCUGCAACUUAUCAAUGAUAACGCUGCAGUUGCUCUCAACUACGGUGUGUUCCGACGCAGUGAUUUCAACGCUUCCAAACACAACGUGAUGUUCUUUGACAUGGGUGCUGGUAGUACCACGGCAACCAUUGUGACUUAUCAGGUUGUCAAGACAAAAGAAAAAGGGUUUAGUGAAAGUAACCCUCAUCUGUUCGUCAAAGGAGUUGGCUUUGAUCGCACACUUGGAGGACUAGAGAUUGACUUGAGACUCCGAGACCAUUUUGCCAGAAAAUUCAACAAACUUGGAAAGACCAAGAAAGAUGUGUUUGAGAGUCCCCGCGCAAUGGCUAAACUGUUCAAAGAAGCCAACCGAGUCAAGAAAGUGCUGAGUGCCAACGUUGAUCACAUGGCGCAGGUAGAGGGUGUUCUAGAUGAUGUUGAUCUACGCUUGAAAGUAACCAGAGAAGAGUUGGAGACAAUGUGUGCUGAUUUAUUUGAGCGUAUUGCUGGGCCUGUGGAGAUGGCUCUAAAAACAUCAGAAAUGACAAUGGGUGAGAUUGACAGCAUCAUCCUUGUAGGAGGUGGCACUAGGGUUCCUAAAGUCCAGGAAAAACUCCUUCAAGUCACUAAGAAGAGUGAGCUUGCUAAGAAUAUCAACGCUGAUGAAGCGGCCGCGUUGGGAGCUGUGUAUCAGGCUGCUCAUCUCAGCAAAGGAUUUAAAGUCAAAAAGUUUGUCGUCAAAGAUGCCAACUUAUACCCCGUCCAGGUUGAGUUUGAGCGUCAGAUCACAGACGAUGAUGGGACAGAGGUCACGCGAGUCGUCAAGAGAACGCUGUUCGGUCGUAACAACCCGUUCCCUCAGAAGAAAGUCAUGACUUUCAAUCGUCACAUGACCGAUUUCUCCUUCGUGGUUGGCUACAAGGAUCUAGAAGAUAUCCUACCACCCGGCGAUCUUAAGUCAUUUGGUUCAACAAACCUGACAACGUACACAUUGAAAGGUGUCGACGCUGCACUCAAGAAACGGUCAGAUGCAGAACCGAAGGGCAUCAAAGCUCACUUCCGAUUGGAUGAUAGUGGGCUUCUUCACUUGGAUUCGGUGGAGUCGGUCUUUGAGAAAACAGAGACGGUGAUGGAAGAAGUGAAUGACACAGAAGAGGAACAGUCAACACUACAGAAGUUGAGCAGCACAAUCAGUCGAUUCUUCUCAGGAUCCUCAGAUGAAGGAACUUCAGAGGUUCCACCACAAGAGGGCGACAAAGCCGCAGAAAAUGGUGCCACAGAAGAGGAAACCGAUGAGAAGGAUACCAGUGAUAAAGAUAUCAGUGAAAAGGAUGCAACAGAGAGCAAGGAAACGGAAGAACCCAAGCCAGCAGAAGAUGAGAAAGUGGAGGAACAGACUGCAGAUGACACUCAGGAGACAACAGAUGAACAAAAAGAGGAGGAUGACGGUGAGAUGAAAGAAGAAGAUGCGACAGAACCGACGCCAGAAGACGAAGGCGUGAAGGAUGAAAAGACGGCGGAGGAGACGGAGGAAGAAACCAAAGAUGAAACUGAGGAAAAUGGAGAGGAGGAAACCGAGAAGACUGAUGAGGACAAGGCGGACGAAGAAACGGCUGAUGGAGAAAAGGCUGAUGAAGAAAAGGCUGACGAGGAGAAGGCCAACGAAGAAACAGCUGACGAAGAGAAGACUGACCAAGAGACGGCCGACAAAGAGAAGUCCGACGAGGAAAAGGCUGAUGAAGAAAAGGCUGACGAGAAGACAGAUGAAGAGAAGACAGAUGAAGACGAUGAGAAGAGCAGUGAUGCGGAUAGUAAAGACAGUGAUGCGAAACCAGAAUCUCCGGAGAAAGAUGAACCAGAAGAAAAGAAGACGGAAGAAAGCAAGAAGAAGACUAAGAAAGACAAAAAGAAAGACAAGAAAAAGGACAAAAAGAAAGACAAGAAAAAAGACAAGAAGGGCAAGAAGGACAAAGAUUCCACAGAAGACAAAGUUAAGAAAGAGAAGAAGAAAGUCGCUAAGCCCAAGCAGGUGACGAUGAAGGAGAAUUUGACGGUAGAAUCUCAAGUUCAUGGAAUCCCUAAACCAUCCAGGGAGGCUAGGAAAGCAUCCAGGAGCAAAUUAAACGAACUGCGUAAGAAAGAAGAGGAACGUUUAGCCCGUGAGACCUCACUGAAUGCCUUAGAGUCCUUCAUCUAUGACAUGCAAGACAAACUCGACCAAGAGGAUUAUGAGAAGUGCUCCACGGAAGAACAUCGAGAAAAACUGCUUGCUAAGCUCCGAGAGGCCUCUGAUUGGCUGUAUGAAGUAGAGGAAGAUGCUCCUCAUACGGUUUUCCAAGAUAAGAUGAAGGAACUCAAGAAAGCCACUAAGAAUCUCUCCUUCCGUGUCAAAGAACUUAGAGAGCGCCCUCAGUUGAUUUCUGAACUCAAGCAGCUUCAGAACGUCUCGCAAAUCUUCCUCUCCGCGGCCAAAAAUGCUUCAGCAGAAAUCCAGAUCUUUACCGACGUAGAAAUGGGACUUUUAGAGAAAGCUUACAACGACUCCAUGGAAUGGUACACUGAGAAAUCGCUGGCUCAGCGGAACACACCAGACACUGAGAAACCUGUCCUUUUGACGGACGAUUUAAAAACAAAGAUUGUGAGUUUAGAUCGCGAACUGAGAUACUUGGUGAAUAAGGCCAAGGCAGGGCCUCCUAAGAAGAAAGAUAAACCCAAGGAUAAACCUAAGAAGAAGAAGAACAAGAAGAGUGGCAAUGAAACGGAGACGAUAGGAGAUGAAGACAUCAAUGGAGAGAAGAAGAUAAAUGAUACAGAGUCUUCGGUGCCAACAGAAAAGCCAGCAGUAACUAAAGCUGAGGGUGAACCAGAGGUUCCUGAGACGAUAUCCCCGGAUGCCGACCAAGCUCAAGAUGAGACAGUAGAGGAACCAUUACAAUUACCUGCACCUGAUGAUGAAGGGACAGAUAACGUGGAAUCUGAACAACCAAAAACAGAAGGUGAAGCCCCGACAGAAACAACGACUACUACAACAGAGGAAACGAACACGGACACAUCACGCAACACAGGCGAUCUAUGAUAGUAUUUGUCAACACUAAACACUUCCCAAAGAAUGAAUAUAUUGUAUAAAAAGAUACAAGACACGUAAGGGUGAUAUAUGAUUGGCUGUGUGUGGAAGAUAGAGGGCGCUGUUUAUCUGGAUAUGGAUUUCACUUUUUGUUAAUCCAUGUUCGUCCGAUUACAUUUGGGAAUCAAUGUGUUACAGGAAAGGCAAGUUUAGCCAAACAAGAGUGAAUUAGGGUGGUUCCUUGCUCCUCUGUUGUAUUCCAGACUGUGAAAGGCAGGACAAGAACCAGACUAAAAAUGAGAGUCUUACUUCACUGGUUCCCAUGGCUCGUUACCAAUACACAUACAAAAAUUAAUCACUGCAUACCAGGGAAGUGCCGUACAAUGAAUGAUGUUUGUUUAAUAUUGAGUUUUUUGCCCUUCGCCAGCGUUUUUAUAAACACUGUACACUCAGUGUUGUCCGAGGACAAGUGAGAAAAAAUUCACAA